AUGGACUUGCAAGUUAUAUUCGAGGAGAUGACCCGGCCAAUGCCAAGGAGUAUAGGCCUACUAUUGGCGUCUUUGACUUUUCUCUUUGCCAUGCUCAUGUGGCGCAGGAUCAGGCGGAACUGGGAAGUACACAGCCCGCCUGGACCGUUCGCUUGGCCGGUCAUUGGGAACGCAGUAGAGCUUGGCAACACUCCUCACCUCUAUUUCUCUCGCAUGUCACGGAAAUAUGGGGAUGUCUUUCAAAUUAAACUCGGCUGCCGGGACGUUGUGGUACUGAAUUGCGACGCAAUCAGGCAGGCGCUCAUCAAAAAGGGAUUUGAUUUCGCAGGCAGACCUGACUUUGCCUCGUUUCAAUAUGUUUCCAAUGGCGAUGGCAUUGCUUUUGGUACAUUUAGCGAAGGGUGGAAAGUGCAUCGAAAAGUGGCCCAAUCUACUGUUCGGAUGUUUUCUACCGGCAACAUGCACACCAAAAAGGCCUUCGAAAACCAUGUUGUCUGCGAAGUAAGGGAGCUGCUCCAUAUUUUCCUGGUAAAAACUAAAGAGCACCAAUAUUUCCAGCCGAUGACAUACUUGGUGGUAUCAACCGCUAACGUAAUGACCGCCGUGUGCUUUGGAAAGAGGUAUUCAUACGACGACGCAGAGUUUGCGCAAGUGGUGGGACGAAACUAUCAAUUCACCCAAACAGUGGGAGCUGGAAGCAUCGUGGAUGUUAUGCCUUGGCUCCAGUAUUUUCCCAACCCAAUAAAAAACAUGUUUGAAAACUUUAAAGAGCUCAACCAGGAGUUCAGUAAAUUUAUCCUUAAUAAAGUUGUCGAGCAUCGAAAGACCAUUCAGCCAAGCACCAUCCGGGACAUGACAGAUGCUUUCAUCAUGGCAUUGGACCAUUCUCAGGAUAGCUCACCAAGGGUCUCACCAGGCAAAGAUUAUGUGCCACCCACUAUCGGUGAUAUUUUUGGAGCAAGCCAAGACACACUAUCUACUGCACUCCAGUGGAUCAUUCUGAUACUUGUGAGGUUUCCUCAUAUUCAGCUGCGUCUCCAGGAGGAAGUAGACAAAGUGGUUGACCGGAGCCAUCUGCCCAUCAUCGAGGACCAGUCGCAGUUGCCUUACGUGAUGGCCUUCAUCUACGAAAUGAUGCGCUUUACCAGCUUCGUGCCGCUCACCAUCCCCCACAGCACCAUCACCGACACCACCAUCAUGGGCUACACCAUCCCCAAGGACACAGUGAUCUUCAUCAACCAGUGGUCCAGCAACCACGACCCCACCAAGUGGACUCACCCGGAGACCUUUGACCCCCUGCGCUUCCUGGAUCAGGACGGCUCGCUGAACAAAGACCUGGCCAGCAGCGUGCUCAUCUUUUCCUUGGGAAAGCGGCGGUGCAUCGGAGAGGAACUGUCAAAGAUGCAGCUGUUCCUAUUUACAGCAUUGCUGGUGCACCAGGCCCACUUUAGUCCCGACCCGGACAAGCCGCCCACUAUUGACUACACCUACGGACUGACCCUGAAGCCCAAUAACUUCUCCAUAGCAGUGAGUCUACGGGACAGCAUGGAAGUCCUGGAGAAGGCUAGUCAAAAGCCCCUCUAUGGGGGGAAUCAGGAGGACACGGGCAAAUUCAGAUCAGACUGAGAAUAGAGUCACUAAAUGAAGCUUGAAAGAUAAAAACACUGAAGUAGAUUAAUGAGCUGCAGUUCAUCCUCAUGUGCCAUCAGGUAUCAGCUACUAUAUAGUUAUUAUAAAUGUAUUUAUGAUCUGAAU